AUGCCGUGCUGCCAGACGGUGCUCAGUGCCGCCGCCGCCGCCGCCAGCAGCACGCCGUCAUGGCUCCAUCGGCUGCACGCCAAAGGGGGGCUCUCCUUCCCCUCCCACCUCAACAUCGACGACCUCCUCUACGGGGGCCGACAGGCCCAAACUCCCCCUCCCCUGCCCUUGCCGCCUUCUUCCUCCAAUCACCACAACGACCUCGUCGUUGUUGUCAGAGAGCCGCCUACGAAGGCCGCUGCUAAGCCCAAGCAGCCGGCGCCGUCGGCGCAGCGCCCGCCCCGCAACCCUUUGCGACCAAACCCUAGCUCUAGCAAUUUCCCGCAGCCGCCGCCACAACAACAGCUUCAGCUCGCUGCUGUGAUCUCCGACGUCUUCGCGGUCCCAUCCUCCGCCCCGCCGGGCACCCUGCCCCCCAAAGCCUUCCGCAAGCAGUCCCGGCCCCGCCCGAGAACUGACGAGGACCAGCCGAUCCCUGCCCUUCCUGCACAGCGUCCGCACAAGGACAAGAAGGACAAGAUCGCCAAGGCCAAGAAGCGCCGCCGGGCGGAGCGCGCCGCGGAUGCCGAUGGGGAGAGGUGCAGCCGGACCGAUGUCACCGUCAUAGACACCAGCAUCGAUGGCUGGAAGGCCGCCAAGCUGCUCAUCCGCCGGGGAGAUGUCUGGAAGGUCCGUGACAAGAAGUCUUCCACGGUAUCUGAACUGGAGGAUGCCAGUGCCAAGGGCAAGAGGAGGGCUGGCCUUGUCUCCAAGCUGCAGAGAGACAAAGAGGAGAAGCAGAAGGAGAAAGAAGCAAUCACAUCAGUGAGUAAUCUUCAUGCCAAUUCGCUGUAA